AUGGAUAGCGAAGAGCCAGAGUACGUCAACCUCCAGGAGGUUGAAGAGGUUGUUGAGGACACCGGCGCAGAACAGUACCACAGUGAGGACGAGAUGGACGAAGACGAUGAGCCAUUAGAGGUCGACUUGAGCAAUAAUUCUCAGGGAUACUUUGAUAGCCACCAAGAUUCCAUCUUUGUGGUGGCACCGCAUCCUUCUGUGCCGCUGAUCAUGACAGGAGGGGGCGACAACGUUGCAUACUUGUGGACCUCGCACACCAGUCCGACGAAACAAGUCGCCAAACUCGAAGGAUACACAGAAUCUGUGGUUGCUGGAGGAUUCACUGCUGACGGCUCGUACCUUGUUACUGGAGACAUGACUGGCAAAGUGCUGGUCCAUAAGGCGUCCAAGAAGUUCCAGGUCUGGAAUUUGUACGGCACGUUGGAGGACGUCGAAGAGAUCACGUGGAUAAGAGUGCAUCCGAAACAGAACGUUUUCGCAUUUGGAGCAAGCGACGGCUCUGUGUGGGUCUACCAAAUCGAGCCUACUUUGGAGGUGAUAUUCACAGGUUUUUCGCACUCAAUGGAGUGCACCAAUGGCAUGUUCAUCAACGUCGACAACCUGGACGAGCUGAAUCUGGUGACCAUCUCGGAGGACGGCUCUAUCAUCGGAUGGAACUGUUUCACCCAGACACAGAUCUACAAAAUCGAUGGCGACUCGGGACUCAAGGGAGUGGUAACUCCGUGGGUUUCGAUGGAGGCCGAUCCGAACGGAAAGGCACUGGUUGUUGGCUCCAGAGACUCGGAAGUGGUGGUAAUCAACAGCGAAACCGGUGCGAUCCAGAACUCGUUCAAGGUUCUGGAGCUGCAGGAGGGCCAGGACGUUUUUGAGGUUUCGAUCGAGAGCAUCAGCUGGUGCAGAGACCCCAACCUGUCGCUCGCUGCUCUGGGCCUUGUUUCUGGAGACGUUUUCAUAUUUGACACCAAGACGUGGAAGGUGAGACGGACUCUCAAAUGCUCAGACGCGGUGACUAAACUGCAAUUUCUCGACAACUCGCCGCUGCUCCUGGGAGCGUCUAUGGAUGGAAAGGUGUACAAAUGGGACUCGAGAACAGGCGAGCAGUUAUACACCUACGUGGGCCACCACAUGGGCGUUCUGGACUUCGCGCUUGAUAACUCUAAGAUCAGACUGGUUACGGCAGGAGACGAGGGUGUCUCCUUGGUGUUCGCCCUAUAA